AUGAGGGAUCCAUCAGUUUCGGUCCCUAAAGAUACCAUUGCCAUGUUGGCAGCCACCGAUAUUGCCGAUCCACUGCUUGAACCGCAUGGAUUUCCAUCCUUUACCAGAAUUGUGAGCCUAUUAGCAGCUCUGGCACACCACCCAUCGGGAAUCCGCGGCGACCGGAAGUGGUACCACUCGCUCAUGCUCGCCUUCCCCAGAAUCACCGCCCCAGCUCUCCUCAGCCGCUCCACCACCCCGGCGUCGCGCGGCGGCACCGACCCGAGCAGCGCGAACGACCCUGCCGUGGUGUUCAUCUCAUCUCGUGUAGCUAUGCUGUCCUUCAAAAGCACCGGCACGCCGUGCAACGGCGGGAGACCGCCAUUGCCCGCCUCCCUCUCACGAUCGGCCGCCUCCGCCUGGUCCAGCGCGUCUGGGUUAACCUCAAUCACACCUCGGAGUGCCGGAUUUAAGGUAGUACUCGACGAGCCGGCGGGAAGUGAGCUUUUUCUCAGCGAACGCGCGGCGUAUUUCGUCGACUGUGGCUUCCUCGAUCGAGAAAUCGUGGCCAUUGAUUUCGAGGAGAAGGCCCGAGAGGAGGAGGAGGAGGAGAGAGAGUACGGAGAGAAGAGACGGCGGCGAUUUGCCUCUCGCCAUGGCCUUUCGUUUUCGUGCUAUGUUCAGCUCUGCCGUUCACAGUUCACUGGUUUUUUUGGGAUGUGA